AUGAAUAAAAAGAGAAACAGACAAAUACUCGUUUGUGCAAACUGCCAUAAGAAGAAAAGAAAAUGUGACAGAGAGCUCCCAUGUUCGAGCUGUAUAAGAUUAAGCAUUGAAAGUAGCUGCUCGUAUUUUACACCUAAAAGACAACACGUAGUUGAUGAUAAACUCAACGCUACUCAUGGAUUUUCCGAACAAAACAGGACAGGGAUCAACAAUAAUUUGAAUGAGAAUAGAGUUGGAGAACACCGCGAGGACUUGAAUGGCCGAGUAGAGACUCUCAACAAGAAAGUUAGAGAACUUGAGGCUCUUUUAACUACAUCUACAAGGGACAAGAACCAGAAGCCUAGAGAUUUACUGCUAUCCUUUAGAUAUGGAGACACGUCUACACAGAAAGUAGAAGGUUCAUCAAAAUCCAUUUAUCUGAAUUCCAAAGGUAUUGAGGGAUUUGUUGGUUUCAACCCCGUUCAACUGGAUAAUCAGACAAUUAAUUUUCUUAAUACAUUCAAUACAAAUUCUAAUGUGCCAGUUUCUCCAUACGGCCCAUUGAGGUAUCUAAUCUUAAUAAAACAAGAUCCUACAGGAAUAUUGAUAUCAAACUAUUUGAGGUCACCUUCUCUGAGGAAUUUUGAGCAUUUUUCGUCGCCUCAUGUUGCUGACUUAGAUAAAUUGGAAGAAAAGUCCCGUCAUUUCUACGGCGAUAGUUAUAUUAAGAAGAUAGGAAAAGAUCAUACUCCGAAUGAUAUUAUAGAAGUGAAGAAUGCAAUUUCCAAGUUUGGAUUGAGUCGAGGAAUAAGUCUUAGCAUAGCACAGCCUGAGAAUGAGAGAAAUUUAUUGGAUAAAGUAAAGCUUGUAUUGCCGAAUAAAAAGACAGUCAAUUUACUUAUAAAUUUGUUCUUUGAAGUUCUCUAUCCUCACUUUCCAAUAUUGGAUGAAACUACUUUUCGCUCGGAUAUUCUUGCAAUAUUUGACGGAGAGAUAAAUAAUUCCCAAAUAAAUAAAAUAGAAACUAUAAAAAUCAGGAAUAGACAAGAUGUUGCGGUUAUUGCAACAUUAUUAAUGUUAAUGAGAUUGAGCUAUUUAUCAUUAUUUAAUAAUGACGCACGGAAAAAUGAGAGCUUGUUGAAUUCAGAAAAUGAUUCUUUAGAUAUAAGAAACAAAAAGUAUCUUUUGCAAAAUCCCGUACAAUUAGAAGUUAUAAAUGUAGCAAAAUUAUGCAUUAGAGAGCUAGAUCUAAUUUCGCUACCAAACUUAGCAAUUUUUCAGGCGUCACUCAUGAUGCAAAUUUAUCAAACCUAUUCACCAGAAGAAGAUACAUUCAUUAGAACGGAAUCUCCAGUUAGUAUUGGAAACUUGUAUCAAAUGGCAAAUUCCUUGUUUUUAAAUAGAGAUCCAGACUACAUUCUAUAUUAUGCCGAUAGGAGGAUGGAUGAAAAAAUGAAGACUUUGAGUAGGCGAUUAUGGUAUUUUUUAAUUACCUUGGAUAUCGAGGAUUCAAUAAUAUACGGCACUCAAAUUUAUACUGUUGAAGUGAAUUACGAUACCAAAAUACCGACUGUUCCUAAAAAAAAUUCAGACUCCCUCAUGGACAAGGAAACAGAAAUC